AUGCUUAAAGCAUGGAAUAACGCAGUAAUUACAUUGAUACUAAAAAGUGCACAUGCAUCCAGUGUAGGGGAUUACAGGCCUAUAGCAUGCUGUAAUAGAAUAUACAAGAUCAUAUCAAAGAUGCUUUGUCACAGGCUCAGAAUAGUCCUCCCUGAUCUAAUAUCGAGCAAUCAAAGUGUAUUUGUAACUGGUAGAUGUAUAGUGCAGAACAUUCUCAUCUGUCAAGAUAUAGAAAGACUAUAUAACAGGAAAGCCACAACCAAGAGUUGCUUGAUUAAAAUUGAUUUCAAGAAAGCAUAUGAUACAAUAGAAUGUGGAUUUAUGGAGGAAAUGCUAUAUGCUAUGAACUUCCAUGGAAAGUUCAUUAAAUGGGUGAUGAACUGCAUAACUACAACACAGAAUAACAUUGCUUUGGAUGGGGGUUUGUAUGGAAAUAUUCAAGGUAAACGUGGAUUGAGGCAGGAGGAUCCAAUAUCACCACUUCUUUUUGUCAUAUGCAUGCAAUACUUCUCCAGAAUAAUGAAGAGGGUAGCAAGAACAUACCAGUCAGUCCUGCUAAUGCUUAGAGGACUUCAGUCAUUCUCAAGGGCUUCAGGACUCUGCACAAAUACAGGAAAGUCUAAUAUCUUCAGUGCCAAUAUGGAGCAGCAAAGCCUGAUAGAUCUGUGUGACAUAACAGGCUACCGGAAGGGGACUUUACCAUUAAAGUAUUUGGGUGUUUCAAUUUCAACUAAAAAGCUAAAUGGCAUAGACUGUGAGAUGUUGAUUACAGCAAUUUGCAGAAAUUUUCUAUGGGAUGGGAAGAAGGUAAGCAAUAAAGCACCACUGAUAGCAUGGGACUUGGUAUGUAGACCAAAGAAAAUAGGAGGCUUGGGAAUCACAAAUGGGGUGAUAUGGAAUGAGGCUGCAAUAGCCAAGUAUAUUGCUUGA